AUGCCUCCCACAAACCCCCUCACCCUAAUAGUCGCAACAACGCCAAUCUCGACCCGCGAAAAAAACCUCCUCGGAAUCGGCCUAAACGGCACACUCCCCUGGCCGCGCAUAAAAGCUGACAUGAGUUUCUUCGCGCGCGUAACAUCCCGCCCGCCACGACCAGGGACAACGAACGCAAUGAUAAUGGGACGGAAGACGUAUGAUUCCGUACCGAAGAGUUUGCGGCCGCUGGGGAAGAGGAUUAAUGUUGUUGUUACGCGGGAUACGACGGGGGAUGUGAGGAGGAGGGUGAUGGAGGAGUUGGAGGGGAAGAGGGCGAAGAGUGCGGCUGCUGCUGCUGCUGCUAAUAAUACUACUGCCCCUGGGGAGGGGCCGAUUACGGAUGCGAUUGUUUGUUCGGGAUUGGAGGGGGCGUUGGAGGAGGUGGAGGGGAGGUAUAAAAGGGGUUUGGGGGGUGUUUUUGUUAUCGGGGGUGCGGAGAUUUAUGCGGCUGCUUUGCGGUUGGGUGUGGAUCGGCCUGUUCGGAUUGUGAUGACGAAUAUUGAGAAGAAAGGGAUUGAGGAGGGAAAGGCUGGGUUUGAGUGUGAUACGUUCUUCCCGGUGGAUGAGGAGUUGCUGAUGGAGAAGGGGUGGAGAAAGAUGAGGGUGACGUUAGGAUUCAGAUGGUUGGAUAUGAACGCAUGA